GCCCACCCACUGUUUAUAUGAAUCCCUGUUCAUUACGGACUUCCUGCCACUCACUAGACUAUUAGAAGCGAGCGCUCAUGGCAGCUAAUGACUAUCGCGGUUACCUGCGGAACCAUACGGCCAUGGAGAACGGCGAGGCGCGGCUUCACACGGCGCACGGCACUCACCGGCCGCUGCUCUUCGGCACGCUGGCUGUUAUGGGGCUGCUGCAGGUCGCCUCCAGUGUCACCGUCCUGCUGCACCUCACCGGCUAUCUGCAGGAGGUGAACCUGUCUUCAGCUGAGCCUGUUCAGGAAACUCAUUCUGAACAUAUGAUGGCUGAUGCACUUAGAGAUGAGAAGAAACGAGAGAAACCCAGAAAAAAAAAUGAUCAGCUCCCAAAAGCGCACCUUCCGAUCAAGGCCCCCAUAGACUUCUCAAGCACUGAUCCUAAUUCCAUAACAACAGUCUAUUGGGACGAGACUCGAGGCACUCAUACUAAAGUCCAGUACCACGAUGGACGACUACUAGUAGAAGAAAAAGGAUGGUAUUACGUGUACGCCAAGACCUGCUUCCGCUACGCCCCUGACCAUGCCACAAGGAAGCAGGACGUUAGCAACGUCCAGUUGCUGCAGUAUAUCUACCACGAGAUACACACGCAGCCGAGCAAGUCCAGACCUGCUCUCCUUUCAAAGAGUGGAGGGACACUGCAGUGGGGAAACCAAAACUACAACCUUUACUGCGUUCAGCAAGGAAGAAGUGCUUUUUUAAAUAAACAUGACGGCAUUUACGUCAGCGUAUCCAACUCGUGGAUGUUGGAUCCAGAACCUGAGGGGACUUACUUUGGUGUUUUUAAAAUGAGCAAGUGACAUCUGUUUUAUUUUUGCUACUGAACUUGUUUAUGCACAUUUUGCAACUUAUGAACAUUUUCAAAAUGACCAAGAACCACUGAGCACUUAAUUUAGAUCACUGACUUUUGACUUUUUGUUCAACAUUGAGUAUAUUGAACAUAUUUUAAGGGCACAUCUGACUUCACUUGUAAGCCUCAAUGUUUUGACUUGCUAAUAUUAACUGCCAUUGCAGGUUUUAGGAGCAUUGCUGUUUUUAGGCGCUCUCCAGUUGAGACAUAACGAGUCGUGUAAAAGUUGUAAAUUGAAAGUUGGAAACUUCAGCAAAGCAUUUGACUGUUGUUUACAUUGGGCCAGCUUUUGUACAAACUUGUUAGUGACAAGAAUACACAAUUAGUAAACUGAUGCUCCAUUUAAACUCCAAAUUAAUAUAUUUCAAUUUGGAACACCCCCACAAGUUGGAUUUUCUACAUGGAAAGUCAGGAGUGUCUUACCAACCCUGAGUUUAGAAUCCAGGAUGGCUGCACAGCAUGACAUCAACAGUAGUAAAAGCUGUAAUAUUAUACAGUUUAUUGGCACUUCUAUAUGUUUGUCUAAUUAUAUCCAUUUAUUUAAAUUAGUUCUACAUGGAUGGGCAAAACACCAUAUAAUGAUAUGUCUAACAGUGCCAAGCUGGGAAAAUGCUUAAAUUAAAGCCUGGGACAUAAAAGGUGGGACAAAUUUUGAAUUUGAAUUACCAUAAAACACUGGUAAAUGAUUAUAAAACUUGUGGUAAACUCCCAACUCUUUAGCUACCAGUUACUGCUUUUUUGGAAAGGGUGUGCAAUUAUAUGAAUGUUUAACUUGAUCAUGUAUCUCGGGUGUGAUGCCAUUUCCAACUGGGCAUGGAAUGCAGUAUAAGAGCCUUUUCCCCAGGUAAAGAAGAGCCUUUAAGUUUAAUCUGUGGGAAUGCACUUGUGAAUAUCUGUCACACAGUAAUAUAUUGUAAUACGUACAAGCCCCUCAACAUUGCAUAAACUUACAGUUUUUACAGAGCUGCUUCUCAACCAUAGUUGCGAUAUCCCAUGCGCUGUGCAGUAUUUUGUUUCUCCACUUCCAAAGAAAUUCUGCUUCAGCUUUUUGGGUAAUAAUCAACCCCUCGGCUGAAACAGUGAGGUUAAAUAGGAAACAAAAGAUUUUGUACAAGACUGGGUUUAAGAAUGUUUUUUAUAA